CUCUUAUAUCAUUUGUCGCAAGAAAUCUUCCAAGAGUUACAAGAAUAUGGAUUGUAGGUAAGGAGAUUCUAACUCAUGAAGAUAUUCUUUAUCAUAGUUCUUAUGAAUGGAAAAAGCUGAAUAAUGCAUUCAUAUGUGAAAAAUCGCAAUCCAUACCUGAAGAAUUUUUGUGGGAAGAGACUGUAGAUAUUCGUCAAUAG